UUCCCCGCUCGGCCGAGAGCAGGCGAGGGCGAGAGGGCGGGGGCGAAGGCGGGCGCCAAGUUGCCCGCUCUCCAUUUGAAAAGAUGGAAGGAAGCCCGGCGUCUCCCCCGCACGAGGGGGAGAGCUCGCCGCAGCCGCCCGUUGAUCUAGGGCAUCAAAUCGACGAUGAUCUUCACGGGGUUGCCGCCGUUGAUCGUUCGCCAGAGCUGCCUGACGAUCACGAGGAUGAGAUAGGUGAUGAUUGCCAUGGAGAUGCGGGUGAUCAUUCUCUGGAGCUGCCCGGGGAUCUCGAGCAUCAGAUCGAUGAUGAGUACCUUGGAGAUGCCGGCGAUCACCCGCCAGAGCCCGCCCCUCCCUCGUCCUCCGACCCGGUCCUCUCCGAUGAGCUUAAAGCCAAAAUCGUCAAGCAGGUGGAGUACUACUUCAGCAAUGAAAAUCUGUUUAAUGACAAGUUCUUGAAAAGGCUUAUGAAGAAGGACAAGGAAGGGUUUGUUCCAAUUGCAGUUAUUGCUUCUUUUAGGAAAAUGAAGAAGCUUACCCAAGAUCUCACAUUCAUUGCAAGUGCGCUUAGUAUAUCAUCCCAGCUUACUGUGAGUUCAGAUGGUAAGAAAGUGAAGAGGAUGCAACCAUAUCCUGGCAAUGACACUGAGAAUGCAUUGUUGUGCACUGUCCUGGUGGACAACUUGCCAGAGGACCAUUCAGUAGAAAACGUCCAGAGGAUCUUUAGCAGUGUUGGAAAUGUGAAGAAUGUAUCUAUCCGUCAGCCUAACUCUACCUCACGAGCACCUGCAAAGAAUACGAAGCAGGUGUUUGCAGUUCGUGGCAAGUGGCAUGCAUUUGUUGAAUAUGAAACAGUUGAGGCUGCAGAGAAAGCUGUGCUAACUUUAAAUGAUGGUGGAAAUUGGAGAACUGGGAUGCAUGUGCAGCUGCUCGUCCAGCGAACAGGGAAACAUGGGCUUGCUUCAGCCGGGUGCCAGGCAACUUCUGUAGAUAAUGAGUACAGUAUGACAUUAGAUAAUGUUGGAGAGGUCCAUGACUUGACAACUGAUGACCACCAUGAUGAGAAGCCCGAAGCGGAGGUUCAGGAACAUCCACCCAAUCACAGGAAUGGAGGUAGAGGUCAUCAGGGCACACGAGGAAGGGGUAGGGGACAACAAUAUACCCAUCAUGUUAGUGGCUCGAGAGGCACUUAUGUCAAGAAGCAUGAGCUUUCAGCAUCCAGUGUAGAAGCUCAGAACUCCCUUGAUGCACAUGAUGAAAAGCUGGAAGUGGGAGGGGAGCACUUGGUGAAUGAGAAGGAUGAACAUAAAGGUCCAAGACGAGGCCGAGGAAGAAAUCAGACACUACACUACCACAGCGGUCGUGGAUACAAAGGGUCAUCCUAUGGGAAUGACCACCAUUACACUGGAGAUGAACAACACCUGGAACCUGUGAAGGGUCAUCCAGAAACACCUGAGGUCGAAGAGCAUAUUUCAGGGGAAAGAGGUGGAUGGGGUGGUCGAUGGCGUGGUCGAGGAAGGGGGCAUGGACAUCAUCACUUUGAUGCUGGACAAAGUCAUGGGACAGGUUCUAGUGCAAGCAGCUCUACUUGUGAAGCCACGGCCAAGCACCACCCCUAUGUGCCGAAAAUGCCUGAUGGCACACGAGGAUUCACCAUGGGUCGCGGUCGACCUCCAUCCAGCAAUACCCCUCCCAGUUAACAGUUCUCUUUCAACUGGAAACUGGGCUUGCGAGUGUCCAUUCUUGGCUUGUUUCUGUGUUUUAUUUCUUGUCGCUUGAGUUCUUGAGACCCUUUCGGUGUAAAAUGGAAAAGAAGGAAUGCGGGUGGGCUUGGUUCUCAUUUUCCUUGAAAAUGUAUCUUAUCAUCGCCUGUAUCUGUCGAUGGUAAUUCUCCACUUUGGUGAGGUCAGAGAAAAAGUUUGGUAUUUAUGCGUCCCACAAGGAUUUUUCUUAUAUGGUAGAGAAAUGAAAACAAUCUUCAUUUGUUUUUCCGAUAAA